AUGAAAAAUGAUGGUACCUGUCAAACACAAUGUCCACCUAUCUCACAAGAAAGUACACAUCAACUAAUUCCCAAUGAAAGUGGUAAUCUAUCAAUUGAAGCUCCUCCUCCCACACCAAAUGAUAAUAUGGAGGUUGAUAGCCAAACAACCGAAAAUCGUCAAUCCAAACUUAAAAGUAUUGUAUGGGAUCAUUUUACAAAGGUCAAAGUUGGUGAAAAAGUUAAGGCUAAGUGUAAUUAUUGCUCAAAGUUGCUUAAUGGUUCAUCAAAUGAUGGGACAACACAUUUAAAAGGACAUGGAUUAUUGUCCUAA